UUAAAAAAUGUUGACCGGAUGUCUCUAUCUUCUUCAUUUUUUUACCAUCUUCCAUUUUACUUUUCACAAAAAUAUAGACAAUUCGCGCGCUGCUUUUUCUCUUUACCCUUUAUCUUCUUUCCUUUAUUAACCAACAGUUUAAUCUUCUUUCCUUCGUUUGUUUCAUUGUUUUUUUAUUUCUGGACAUUGUUGAAUAAUUCUUUUUUGUCUGGUCAUUUCUCUGACAUUUGCUCCAAAAUUAGGAAAAAAAUUAUAUAUUUAAUUUAUUUUUGA